CUUUUCUGCUGAUGUCACCGCUAACGCCCUCCCCUAAUAGAUCUUCGUUACACCCAAUAUGAGGAACGACCGUCAUGACUCAAGCAUUGACUAUGAUGGCGGAUGUACUGAGUACUGGCUCGGAAGCCUUCUUAACAAAACAACUCCAACAACGACCGCACGUUCAUUGUCCCCAGCUUCGACAAGAGGGAGACGUACUCCGACACUAACACCAUCUAAACCGUUCUCCUUGGUGGUUGCUCUCAAGAAUUUGAAGAUUACCACCGACACGACCGUUUCCACACACACACUACACCACCCUCCGCACCGUGCAGGCCAACUGGGUAUAGGCUCCCUUGGCCGUCAAAACACAGACCCCAAUGUGUCCAACCUCAUCAAGUUCGUCGCGGAGUCUACCGGCUACACUAACCUCAACUUGACCGUUGCCGAUCUCCCUGUCUUGAACAUUUUCCAUUAACAUAGCGUGAGUCAAGACAGGGACGUAUUCUGUUCAGUGGCCUUAUGGUAGCCAGGCGCAGAA